AUGGACAAGCUGUUGAAAGAAAUCCAAGACAAAGCACUGGACGCACAACAGCAGUACCGAAGCGUCUCUAUGAUGAUCGCAUCCAAGGAGCGUCAAAACAAAAUGAAUCAAUUAACGCUUCGGGAGCUUUCUGAUAUUCAAAAAGACGCAGCCGUGUAUAGUGGGGUUGGAAAAAUCAACGUUGACACUGUCAAAUCUUCCAUUGACAAAGAUGUCAAGUCCAACAAUGAAGACGUGGAAGCGCUGAAGAAGAAACUGAACUACUACGAAACAACAUUAAAGAAUGCCACUGAACAUAUUGUUCGCGUUCAACAAGCUAAUAACGCUGGUAAUUAG